CAAUCCCUAGUUUCGCUCGAUGUGCUGAGCUCCUCUAUAUCCCGGCGGCCACAGCAGAAACACACACGAAGAGAGCGCGGCCCAUGGGUGGCGCCGGCGAGGCUGCGUGUAGCCACAGCAGCGUCAAACUGCAGGCCCCGCUGCUGGCAUCGCUUGAACCGUCGGCCGGCAGGGCGAGCAACGAGCUGGAGGCCAUCCUCAACGACGACUCGGUGCCGUGGGCGCGGCGGAUGUGCGCAGCAACGGCGGUGGAGACGCGCAUGCUGUUGCGCCUGGCGGCGCCUGCUGUUCUAGUCUACAUGAUCAACUACAUGAUGUCCAUGUCGACGCAGAUCUUCGCUGGCCAUCUUGGCACGCUCGAGCUCGCCGCCGCUUCCCUCGGCAACACCGGCAUCCAGGUCUUCGCCUACGGCCUCAUGCUUGGCAUGGGGAGCGCGGUGGAGACGCUGUGCGGGCAGGCGUACGGCGCGAACAAGUUCGACAUGCUGGGCAUCUACAUGCAACGCUCCACCGUCCUUCUCAUGGCGACCGGCAUCCCACUCGCCGUCAUCUACGUCUUCUGCCGUCCCAUCCUCAUCCUCCUUGGACAGACACCGGAGAUCGCCCGCGCUGCCGCCAUCUUUGUGUAUGGCCUCAUUCCGCAGAUCUUUGCCUACGCGGCAAUCUUUCCCAUCCAAAAGUUCAUGCAGGCACAGAGCAUCAUGGCUCCCAGCGCAUACAUCUCAGCGGGAACGCUCGGCGUCCACCUUGUACUCAGCUACCUCCUUGUCUACAAAUUCGGCCUGGGGCUCCUGGGGGUCUCGCUCAUGCUGAGCGUCAGCUGGUGGAUCAUCGUGGUCGCUCAUUUCGUCUACAUCAUGAAUAGCAAUCGAUGCCGGCUCACGUGGUCUGGAUUCUCCGUCGAGGCAUUCUCCGGUCUGCCAAAGUUUUUUAAGCUGUCCCUUGCAUCUGCUGUCAUGAUCUGUCUCGAGAAUUGGUACUUCCAGAUACUCGUCCUCACUGCUGGCCUCCUCGAGGAUCCCGAAAUUGCCCUCGCGUCGCUCACUGUCUGCAUGACCAUUUCGGGGUGGGUGUUCAUGAUUUCAAUUGGAUGCAACGCAGCAGCAAGCGUCAGGGUGAGCAAUGAGCUUGGCGCUGGGAACCCCAAGUCAGCCGCGUUCUCCGUGGUGGUAGUGACGAUGCUGACGUUCAUCCUAUCGGUGAUAAUCGCAGUGGUCAUUCUUCUCUUCCGUGACAAAAUCAGCUACAUCUACACCGGCGGCGAGGAUGUGUCGGCAGCAGUGUCCAAGCUGACGCCGCUGCUCGCGCUCACCCUCGUUCUCAACGGCAUCCAACCCGUACUGUCAGGGGUAGCCGUCGGCUGUGGAUGGCAAGCCUUCGUGGCCUACGUCAAUGUUGGCUGCUACUAUGUCGUGGGCGUCCCCCUUGGCUGCCUACUCAGCUUCUACUUUGACCUCGGCACUGCGGGCUUAUGGAGUGGUAUGAUUGGAGGCACCCUAAUUCAGAGCAUGAUACUGAUGUGGGUUAUCUUCAGAACAGAUUGGAACAAAGAGGUGGCCGUAGCGACGGAACGAUUGGACAGGUGGGAAGAGAAGACACCUCUAUUAGCUGGGCAAAAAUGAAACAUGGAUGUGAAUUUUAUUGUAACCUUCCACAUAUUUUGUACAAGUCGAUCUCCCUAAUGUGUAAAAUGCAUGAAGUAUCAUCGUCAUGAAAUUCACCAUCGAGUGAAAUUUCAUAUUCCAAAUUACAUCAUCUCUGAUGUUCAUGGUUUCAAAA